AUAAUGUGAUGCCCUUUGGAAUUCUCGCUGUCUUCGCAAAUACAUGCUCUCUGUGUGUAUGCCGUUUGUUUUGGUUUGGUGGGGCUGCAGUUGUUUUAGACCCUUCCUCCUUUCUUUCUUUCUUUCGGGUGGGUCUGCCUUCAACUACAGACUUAGUUCAAUUCAAUUCAAUAAUAAUGGUUGGACUACAGAGAGAGAGAGAGAGAGAGAGAGAGAGAGAGAGAGAGAGGCAUAGAUAGAUAAUUCCAAAGCUUGAUUUGGAAUAUGGGCCCUUAAUUCUCUAAUUCAGAACGGGUGAAGAAGAUCUGGAGUUUUUCAAUCAAUUCAAGAACGUAUAGUUUUCGCCCUCUCAAUCAUUCUGUCCACCAGGAAACAACAAUCUGUGGAUGCAGAAAUGAAGAAUUCAAAUUAACCCCUCUGAGGCGCGUGUUAAUUGGAGGAUCUGAGGCAAACCCACUUCGUUUCCAGAAUUAUACGUUUGUAACUCGACUUUCAGUUCCUGAGGAACCCUUUAAUUACUAGUCAGUUCAACUGCUAUGGCGUCUGAUCACUGUGGAUCCAGCCUGCUUCUAGCGCUGCCAGACGAUGUUUUUGCCAUUGUGACCCGGUCUCUCUCUCCCAGAGACGUUUGUAAUCUGGGUUUGUGCUGCCGGAGCCUAUAUGCUCUUGCAGCUUUUGAUAAGGUCUGGCUUUCCCAAUGUGACGUGACAGGAGUUGUUCCCCCUCAGGACCUUGCUGAUUGGCGAAAGGGUGUUGCGUCUUAUAAGGCUCUUUGUCGGUUCCUUGUCAGCGUUCAGCCGUUAAUUGGAAUUUGGGUUCAUCAGAACCCGGAGCUAGGAAAUGUUGUUUAUGUGAUGCCUGGUUUUCUUUCAGUUGUUGGAUGCCGUAUCAUCCCGCAAGAGCUAGGUCCGUUGGGUAUUGAAGAUGGUCCUAUUUUGUGGACUCCCGUCUUUGAAAUUGUUGCUGAUUUUGAUGGGUCAGCUGCAUUCUUUUUACAUGGGAGGGAGAGGGAAAAUGACUAUUUUUAUCCUGGUUUGCUCAAGCCUGUUGACAGAAACUGCAAUGCGCUAUUGCUUGAAGCUGAGCCCAGGCAACAAAGAAAUGGAGGCAAAUUGGUUCAUAAUAAAAGCUUUGGUUAUAAUUUGGAUACAGAGUCUUCAAGAAGGAUUUCUCGAUCAGAUAGUGGGCUUUCAAAAUCUCAAAGAGUAACUAGGCAUGCUGCUCCAGCAGUGCCUUUCAGCCGAUUGGCAUUUGGUGAUCGAAGAAAGCUGCUAGAGAUUGUCACCAGUCAAGUUCGUUUCCAGGUACCAGAUUCAGCAAAUGGGUUGUUCUUUCCGUGUUUGAGGGGUGAUGAGGCAAAUAUUCACCAGGAUGUGGCACUCUUAUCUGAGCGGAGAUCAUUACUUAUUCAGAUGUAUAAGUUUGGUGGGGGGUGUGACAAUUUGAAGGGCAGUCCAGAUCUGCCUCCAGAUCCCACUGAGUUGCAAUUGAGUGAGAUCAGGAAGAGUCUUGAUCGUUCAGGGGGUCUUCAUAAGUCCUCCAAUGGCCAUGAUGGUUGCACGCAAAGCAUUAAAAGGAAAAGUCUUGGUGGUUAUUUUAGGGAUAGCCUAAAACAGAUAUUAGGGAGGUCAAGCUCAAACAAUGGUAGCCAUGAAAUCCGGAAAACUGGUUGUUCAAGCAGCGAGAAUAGGCAUGCCAAACUUAUUGAGUUUCUGCGGUCUGGUGAUACAAUUGGAUUGACUUUACAUGCCUCAACUUUGAAGUUGCAUUCUUAUAAAGCAUGGCCAAAUAUGCAUGAUAGUCAAUUUGCUCUUUACAAGUUGCCUGUGCAGGUCCCAAAGGUAGGCCAAGAAUAUGCUGGUCUAUGGGGAGGGACUUUUGGAUGGCCUCCAGGAAAGCCUACUGAAGACAAACCUGGAAAAGCUCUGUUCUUUCUUCUGCUCUCCUAUGAAGAAUCACAAGGACAGCAGCUCCUCAUUGCAACCAAAAUAUUAGAGGGGACCCAUUAUGUUUUGCAUCCAAAUGGCUCUGCAAUGUUUAUAGUGAAUACUGACAUGCCUUCACUUGAGCCUUUCCCCUGGGCUACUGAUGGAGAUUCCAAUCCUGUUGAUGUUAAGAAUGCCUUUGUUGGGAAAGGAAUUGCAAAUGGAUAUGGUUUUCGAUAUCCUGGCUCAAAGCCUGGUUUUCUUUUUGUGAUCGAAGGUGGAUUGCUUGCCUUUAUAUGGAAGGAAUCCAGGGCUGUUUUGACCUUGCAGAGGCUUAAUUUGCCAGAGCUUUUGAAGAAGGGUCAACGGGUGCCUGCUCUACCUCCUAGUUUGAACUUCUCAUAUUUAACAAAAUCCUACUCAAAUGUGUUUGCUGGCUUCUCAAACACUUCAACCUGCCUGUCUUCACCAAGCUCAACGUCACUUGGAAAAGCUGCUCCGAUAUUCUAAAUGUCAACUUCCAUGUUUCUUCUAUUCGACAGGGAAAAUAAUUUGUAGGACAUUUUGCAGUGGGUUUAGAAUGCAAGUAUCGACAUUUCGUAAUUGGUGUAUGGCCACUACUUCGGAUCUUGCAAAUGUCCAGAGCAUCUUAUGGCUGCAAACUGGUGUUUCAAUGGUGUCGGACUUCAUUUAUCAUAAUAAUUCUCAUUGAUGGCGUUCACUUUGCUGCUUCCCACUGUGACAGGGUUGUUCUCAUAAACACGGUAAAGUUUGUGGUUAUCUUCUUUGUGCUUGAAAUAUUGGGGUGCUUGCAAACAGAGAUCAUUCAUUAGGAAAAUAAACAUUAACAUUGGCACAGCUGAAAGUAUAUAUAGCAAGAUUUGGCUUGUUACUAGUAGGAGAAAGAACAAAUUGGGGUGAUCCUAAUAAAGUUUCUUCAUUAAUUCAAGACAGAAAGUUCAAUGUGCUACCUUCUA